CGUCAUGCCUCGCGUGAUGAGCGGGUUUGAUACCAUACGCCCCACAUGUGGUCUCACUCCGUGUCGCGAACCGGACAGAGACGGUCGCACCAUGGACGCUCCGACUACUGCUCCUGUACUGCGCGGAGACGCUACACUAGUGGGUCAAAAUAUUAUGGAGGUACUGAAAACGGUGAUGGGAGACACCACCCUCCCGGAGGACGCCCUCCUCGCCAGAUUCCAGGAGGACGUCCCGCUCAAGAACCACAACACCGACGACCUCAUGGAGCGGCUGGAAGCCCUCACCGGUGAACCAACCAACAUGCUCCUGGCGAUGACGGGUCUGGACCCGAAAGCCCACACAACCAUCCUUCGCCUGGCGCAUUUCCUCAUCGUGUCCGCCAACGAGACGACGGCCCCCAGACAGCCCAUCCGGGCGUCGAAGGCGGUCAAAAGUGCGGCCCAGGCAGUCUCCAACCUCCUGCAACCUCAACACGACCCGCCUCAGGAGACGGACCGUCCCACGACAGCGGCAGCAAAGACCGACGGCGCCUCCUCGUCUAGCCUUCCUCCACCGGCCAAGAAGGCAAGAAAGACCAAGCCAACCCCGCCGGAGGAAGACUCAAACUCCGAUAGCGAGAACGAUCUCGAGGAGGGCUCGCUCCAUCGAGAAGUGGAGAAGGUGAAGGAGAUCUGUAGAGACCCCCUCAUUCACCGAUACCCCUACAAGCUCCAAAAAGCGAUGAUGCGCCUGGUAGAGGAAGCUACCCGGACCCGGGCCAAGAAGGGGGUAGUGAGACGUCUUGAGCGCAUAACAGACUUCUGCCUUAGGCUCUCCGGGAAGGAGGGGGUCGGGGAGGAGGUCCUCGGCCUGUUGAUGACCCCGGCGGAGCGCCGCUUCAUGGCGGAAGCCAGGAAAGCAGAGGCCAACCUAGACAACCGUGGAUCCCAGGCAUCCUACAGGCAGAACUACCGGGCCCCGCCGGCAACCUGGGGAUCGCCAACGGCUUGGGGACCACCGGCAGCCUGGGGACCGCCACAGGGCUUACCCCAGUCCCACCGCCCGUGGAGCCGGGGCUCCGGUGCCGAGGGAUGGGGGCCACCUUCACGCCAGCCCCCUGCGUCCACCCCGCGCCGCCCCAACGGAGAAAAGUGCUUCAACUGUGGGGUGAGGGGGCACUGGAAGGACGAUUGCCCCCUCCCUCCGAAGAAACGACGCUAGAACCACAGAUAGUUACCCGGCAAGUUUAAACUGGACUUGGACAGAACACGGAUUCGAACAGAACACUAGAGAUUAACAGACAUAGUAUACACUGUUUGUAUGUACGUGACUAGUUCAAAAGUUGACCGCCUAUGUCAGAUACUACCACCUUUAUGAAGUAACAUAACCUUCUAUGAGUGAGUGGAUGACACAGAUAACAUACGAAGUAACUCUGGAAGACUGUUGGUCAGAUCUAGAAGUAACCCUAGAAUUAGUAGAAAUAGAUAUUAACAAAGCAUUGACUCAGUUAGAAAGUUUCUUUCCCUCACGUAGACACAUGUAGGACAGAGGAUGUGAUAGAAGAAAGACAACAUAAGCUGAUAACAGGAUAAAGUGACAGAUCAACCAAGUGUUUUGUUUCCUUUUCCUUGUAACACGAAUAGAGACUGUUUGAACCCCCGUCCGGAGUUUUUCCCUCCAUAUUACCAAUCUCUGUAGAAAGUAGAACGAAAGAAUAAAGUAAAAAGUGUUGCAUACACACAUA